AUGCUGGUGACCAAGAUGCUGUCCCUUCGCUCCGCUGUGCGGAGAGCUUCCACGAAGCCCCUCCGAUCGCUCUCCGCACCACACGCCGUUUCUCCCCUGCGAGCUGGCGUGGCUGCCCGUACCGUGUCGACUCCCCUACUCCAGGGCCGAUGCUACUCCCGUGCCGGCGACCCUAACCUGAGCUCGACCCGCAGCACCGUCGUCCAGUUGCUGAGCAACAUCGGCUCCAAGCGUGAGGUCCAGCAGUACCUGUCCCACUUCACCUCCGUCUCCUCCCAGCAGUUCGCCGUUAUCAAGGUCGGCGGUGCCAUCAUCACCGAGCACCUCGAGACCUUGUCCUCCGCUCUCGCCUUCCUGAACCAUGUCGGCCUCUACCCGAUCGUCGUCCACGGUGCCGGUCCCCAGCUCAACCGUAUGCUGGAGGCCGCCGGUGUCGAACCGCAAUUUGAGGAUGGGAUUCGAGUGACGGAUGGUAAGACCCUGUCGCUGGCCCGCAAGCUGUUCCUGGAAGAGAACAUGAAGCUGGUGGAGGAGCUGGAGCGCAUGGGCAUCCGUGCUCGGCCUAUAACCGCUGGUGUGUUCUCGGCGGAUUACCUGGACAAGCCCAAGUAUAACCUGGUCGGCAAGAUCAAUGGUGUGGACAAGAAGCCCAUUGAGUCCGCCAUUGCGGCCGGCUGCCUGCCCAUCCUGACUUCCAUGGCCGAGACCCCCGAUGGCCAGGUGCUGAACGUCAAUGCGGAUGUGGCUGCUGGUGAGCUGGCGCGCGCUUUGCAGCCGCUGAAGAUCGUCUACCUUGCUGAGAAGGGUGGUCUGUUCAACGGUGACACUGGCGAGAAGAUUUCCGUCAUUAACCUCGACGAGGAGUAUGAUCACCUGAUGACCCAGUGGUGGGUCCGCCACGGCACUCGGCUCAAGAUUAAGGAGAUGAAGGAGCUCCUGAGCGACCUGCCCCGCUCGUCCAGCGUGGCCAUCAUUCACCCCGCCGAUCUCCAGAAGGAACUGUUCACCGACUCCGGUGCCGGUACUCUGAUCCGCCGCGGCAACAAGAUCAACGUCAAGACUACCCUGUCUGAGUUCGGGGACCUGCAGGCCCUGAAGGAUGUGCUCAUUCGUGACCGUGAGGGUCUCGAUGCGCGUGCCGUUGUGGACCGUUAUGUGGAGGGCAUGAAGGAGCACGACUUCAAGAUCUACUACGAUGACCCCAUGGAUGCUCUGGCCGUCGUUCUUCCUCCACAGGAGGGCUCUCUGAUGGCACACCUGGCUACUUUCACCAUCACCAAGUCAGGCUGGUUGACCAACGUUGCCGAUAACGUGUUCGCCAGCGUGAAGAAGGACUUUCCCAAGCUGGCCUGGACCGUCAAGGAGGAUGAUGAGAACCUGACCUGGUUCUUCGACAAGGCCGACGGCAGCCUCAGCCGGGACGGCGAGGUUCUAUUCUGGUAUGGUGCUGAGAACGGCGACGAGGUCAAGCAGCUCGUUCAAGAGUUUACCAAACACGGCCGCAAGAUGUUCGGUGACAUCAAUUUGGAGCACCGUCUCCACCGCGCUCACCAGGCUGCCGCCAAUAUUGGCAAGGGCUUCGGUGCCAGUGGUGCCUCGGCCGAACAGAAGCGUGCCUUCUCUUCCACCUCCAACGCUCUGCGUGCUUCUCGCAUGAAGCGCCCUGCCGUUGCCGUCAGCGCUGUCCGCACCUAUGCCACCACCAACCCCAACCCUCCCCUCGGCGAGAAGAACGCCUCCAACUCCCGCCCCGCUAAGGUCGCCCUCAUCGGUGCCCGUGGCUACACCGGUCAGGCUCUGAUCAACCUGCUCAAUGCUCACCCCAAUAUGGAUCUCCGCCACGUCUCGUCCCGUGAGCUGGCCGGCAAGAAGCUCCAGGGAUACAACAAGCGCGAGAUCAUCUACGAGAACCUCAGCCCCGAGGACGUCCGCAAGAUGUCCGCCAACGGUGACAUCGACUGCUGGGUCAUGGCUCUUCCCAACGGUGUCUGCAAGCCCUUUGUCGAUGCCGUCGACCAGGGCUCGGAGAAGGGCAACGUCAUCGUUGACCUGAGCGCUGACUACCGCUUCGACCCCAACUGGACCUAUGGACUGCCCGAGCUGGUUGACCGGUCCAAGAUCGCCCGUGCCACCCGAAUCGCCAACCCUGGCUGCUACGCCACCGCUGCCCAACUUGGAAUAGCGCCUCUUGUGCCCUUCCUCGGUGGCCAGCCAACUACCUUUGGUGUCUCUGGCUACUCUGGCGCCGGCACCAAGCCUAGCCCUAAGAACGACGUUCAGUUCCUCACCAACAACCUCAUCCCUUACAGCCUGACGGAUCACAUCCACGAGCGUGAGAUCAGUGCCCAGCUGGGCACCAGCAUCGCCUUCAUCCCCCACGUUGCUGUCUGGUUCCAGGGUAUCCACCACUCCAUCAGCAUUCCCCUGAACAAGGAGAUGACGUCCCGCGAUAUCCGCAACCUCUACCAGGACCGCUACGCCGGCGAGAAGCUUGUCAAGAUUGUAGGCGAGGCCCCCUUGGUCAAGGACAUUGCUGGCCGCCACGGUGUCGAGAUCGGCGGUUUCGCCGUGCACUCCAGCGGCAAGCGGGUUGUGGUCUGCGCCACCAUCGACAACCUGCUGAAGGGUGCUGCUACUCAGUGCCUGCAAAACAUGAACCUGGCACUGGGCUACUCCGAGUACCAAGGCAUCCCCCUGGAGUAA